AUGGAAUCAAAGAUUAUUGUGAUCACAGGUGCAUCAGAUGGAAUUGGAAAGUAUACAGCUUUGCAAUUAGCAAAACAAGGUCAUACAAUCAUUAUCCAUGGAAGAAGUCCAGAAAAGACGAAAGCUGCUUCAGAAGAAAUCAUCAACGAGACAGGAAACAAGAAUGUUAAAUACUAUCUUGCAGACUUCCUCGACUUCACAUCAAUCAAAGAAUUUGCCGAAACUCUUAAACGCGAGUAUGAUCAUAUUGAUGUUCUCAUCAACAAUGCUGGUGCUCAAUUUGGAUAA